CUAUUAAAGCAAACGUUACGCGGUUAAUAACAUAUUUCAAUACCCACCCGGAUGCGGAAAUAGAUGAAAUUCAGAACCGCAAAGCAAAAUUAGAAGAAGCCUACGAAGCCUUCUCAAAGGCUCAAUUACAAAUUGAAAUUGUAGCAGAGAAAGAAAAUCAAACAAAUAUGGAUCAUGAAACUCAACGAUCGCAGUUUGAUGAUCAAUAUUUUGCGUGCGCUAAAUUAAUAAGUAUGCGACUUCGCGAAAUCAAUUCAGUAGAACUGCCGGUAGCUAGGACAUCAAAUUUAGCUUCGCAUUCUUCUUCGCCGAUAACUAUAAAACAAACCAACAAUCUUCUGCCAAAAAUAGAGAUCCGUCCCUAUGAUGGAAAUCUUGUUAAUUGGUACAGUUUUCAUGAUACCUUCAAAAAUUUAGUGCAUGAUAAUGAUGAAUUGAUACCAGUUCACAAAUUCUAUUUAUUGCAAAAUGCACUUCAAGGCCCAUUAACUUCAAUAACGGAAAAUUUAAAUGCUUCGGAAGAAAAUUAUUUGGUGGCUUGGAAUACUUUAAAACAAAGAUGCAACAAACCACGCCAAAUCAUUCAAACUCACUUACAAUUGUUAUUGGAACUUCCAGAAAUUUAUCGUGAAACUCCUGCCAAUCUACGUUCUUUGGUAGAAAAGGCACAGGUUUACAUAAACGCUUUAAAAGCUUUAAAUCAACCGGUUGAUCAGUGGGAUGCAUUACUCGUUUACAUAAUAGUCAAGAAAUUGGAUAAGGGCACGCGUCGAGUUUGGGAACGUACGUUAGAGGACGAGGAAAUGCCGGCUUUUAAACAAUUAUUAAAGUUUCUCGGCAAACAAGCACGGGGUGAUGAACUCGACACAAUUUGCUUUGACGCGAAUAAAUCAAACACACAACAUAACAAUUACAAUUCAAAAAUGCCAUAUAAAAAACGAGCUAAUCACAUUCAAUCGCACGUAGGUACACAAGUGCAGAUUCAAUGCCCUAUCUGCGGUCAAAAUCAUGCAAUCUACACAUGUAGUAAAUUUUUACAAACAAAUGAAAAGGGACGUUUCGAAUUAGCUCGAAAGGCAAAACUAUGUCUAAAUUGCUUAAAAAAUAAUCACCAAACAAGCAAAUGCUAUCUUAGUGGUUGUAAGAAAUGCAAUUACAAGCAUAAUACGCUUUUGCAUUUUAACGAAACACACAAGGCGCGUAAUCAGAAUUCCAUAAACAACACUGUCGAAUCAAACAUUCAGAAUAGAGAAGAACAACCACCAGUAAAUCUAGUGGUAUCAUCCGAGUCGGAAGUAUUGUUAAGAACAGCCUACAUUAAGAUUUUAGAUAAGGACAAGAAUGAAUUUCCGUGUAGAGUACUUUUAGACGGAGGUUCACAAACGCAUUUUAUAACGGAAAGGUUAGCUGAUCGUUUAAGAUUAGAUAAAACGAGAAUAGACUCACCAUUUUCAGGUUUAGGGCAAAAUCUAACUAAGGCACAAUAUACGGUCAAAACAACUAUUAAAUCUCGAACAACUCCAUUUUCAUGCGAUUUAACCUUAGUAGCUUUACCUAACAUAACUGGUUUAUUGCCUUCUCGAAAAAUUGACAAGGAUAAUCUAUCUAUUCCUAAAAAUAUUGCGUUAGCUGACCCAAAUUUCCAUAAAUCAGCCAAGAUUGAAGCUUUACUCGGCAACACUCUAUUUUAUCAAUUGUUAAGUGUAGGUCAAAUUAAAUUGUGCAAUAAUUCAGUAAUAUUGCAAAAAACUCGACUUGGAUGGAUUGUAAUAGGAGAAGUUAAUCUUUACAAUAACCAGUCAAACAAGAAAAAAACAUGUCUUUUGACAACAAACCUUGAAAAACAAAUAAGUAAAUUUUGGGAGAUCGAAGAAUUGCCUAAUAAAAAACACCUUUCUAGCGAAGAGUUAGCAUGUGAAACACAUUUUAUUCAAAAUAUUGAUCGAAAUACGAACGGAAGAUAUACGGUACGAUUGCCAUUUAAUGAGAAAAGGGAUGGUAUCGGAGAAUCACAUAGGAUGGCUUUAAAACGUUUUUAUUCUCUAGAAAAACGGUUAGAAUCGAGUCCAGAAUUAAAAAAACAAUAUAGUGCAUUCUUAAAGGAGUAUAUAGAGUUGAAACAUAUGACUGACAUAACCAAUGCAGAUGAUCUACACAUCGGUUAUUAUUUACCGCAUCAUGCGGUAAUAAAGGAAUCAAGCGCGACCACAAAAAUUCGGGUAGUCUUUGAUGGAUCUGCAAAAACAUCAUCCACUCUUUCACUAAACGAUACAUUAAUGCAGGGUCCUACAAUUCAAGACGAUCUGAUUUCUAUAAUUAUGCGUUUUCGUACUCAUCAAUUUGUAUUAACUGCCGACAUUGAAAAAAUGUUUCGGCAAAUUCAAGUACACCCAGAUGAUGCAAAAUUCCAAAAAAUCUUUUGGCGUGAAAAUAAAAAUGAACCUAUCAAAACGGUAGGCACGGGUAAUGCAGCGCGCUGUAAACCGACACAAUUUGGCCCGAAAUAG